CCCCGGCGAGGUCUACAAGCAUGGCGACGCCACAGCGCCGCCGUCCGCCGCCGUCGCUUCCUGACCACCUCCUCGAGUUGAUCUUCGCCCGCCUCCCGCCGGAAGACCCCUCCUGCCUCCUCCGCGCUUCCCUCGUCUGCAAGCCCUGGCGCAACCUCAUCCACGCCUCCACCUUCUUCCUCCACCUCCUCGACCUCGGCCGGGCACCCCAGAUGCUAGGCUUCCUCCACGACUCCGAUUUCGAGGGCCGCCUCGAGUACGUCCGCACCUCCCCACUCUCCUUCCCCUUCCCCCUCCCCGACCGCGACUGCUGGUACCUCCUCGGCUACCGUCACGGCCGCGCCCUCUUCCACUCCAGGGGCACCGACAACCUCAGCCUCCUCCUCUGGGUGCCUUUCACCGGCCAACGCACGGAAGUGCCGGUUCCCGCGGCGUUCCAUGCCGAGCGCACCUACGCCACCGUGAUCUGCGCGGCGGACGGGUGCCACCACCGCGCCUGCCACGAAGGGCCCUUCUCAAUCGUCCUGGUGUUCACCGACCCCGAAGAGCAAGACGCGGACCGGCGAUACUUCACGUCGGCGUGCGUGUACUCGUCGGAGACUCGCACCUGGGGCAAGGUGGUCUCGGCCAGCGGCGUGUGCCUCAUCUGCGAUACCCCCGCCGUGCUCGUCGGGAAGUCCCUGCUCUACUUCCUGUCCAACUGCGGGCGCAUCGUCGAGUACGAUUUGGCCCGGCGUAGCCUGGCUUGGAUCAGACCACCAUACCGUGACCCCAACGCCGCAUUCUACAAGAGGAUGAUACUCGUGCAGGUCGGGGAUGCUGGGCUUGGAGUCGUGCUCGUGCAGCCCGACCCUGAUACGCAUGGGUUUUCUGAUGGCUCUGAUUGUCUCUGCGUCUGGUCAAGAAAGUCGAAUCAAGGUGGUCAUGCGGAAUGGGUAGAGCUUGGGGUAAUCUACCUUCAAGAUUCCAUCUCUCAUGUUGUCAGCACCACGUCCGUAGGCAUAACAGCAUUUCUCAUUGGCUUUGCCGAGGGAGCAAAUACUGUCUUCCUCAGCACCCGGGAAGAUGAUGCCAUUUUUACAGUUGACCUCCAGUCAAAGCAGGCGAGGAAGGUGUCCCAGUGUACCUGGACUAUCGACCGUUUGGCACCGGUUCUCACCUCCUACACUUCAGCUUCUACACUCCAGGCACCUCAAGGUGAGCACCGAAGCCUCACUGCUUUCAGCUCUAGCGAUGAGGAGGAGGAAGAAUGGGACGAAGAUCAGAGACGAUUGAUGUUUGGCAUGGGGCUGGAAGCCAUCGAGAGGGGGCGCUUUGUUGCUGCUGUUGAUUACCUCCGCAAGGCCCUGGAGCUCAGGGUUGCACGUUACGGUGAACUUUCUCCGAAGUGUGCUAGCACGUAUUACCAAUAUGGACGCGCAUUGCUAAAAAGAGCUCAGAAGGCGGCCAGCAUUGCUCCCAAGAGUCCACUAUAUGAAAAAACAGUUGAGGGUACAACCAGCGGAUCUGAUACUGGAAACUCGGAGAAUAGUGAUAGCAAAGAAGGGCAAAAUUCAAAUAGGAAAUAUCAGGAAGAUAGGAAUGGUGACGGUGACAAGGAUGAUAUCAAGGCAGCAUGCAAUGCUAUUGAUUCUGAUUUGGAUCGUGCCUCGUAUAUGCUGGAAGUUGCAAGAGGAAUAGUUGAAGAAAGCAAAGUCAACACUGUGGAGACCUUCAGAAUCCUUUCUGCUCUGACUGAGGUGUUCACGGAAAAGAGCAAGAGGUAGUGCCUGUCUUUGUUACUCAUGCAUCACAUUUAACUGGCGAAUGGUGACACUGCAGAGGGCGACUGUGACUGCAUCAAAGCUUUAACCAUCCUAUCUUGGGAGUAUUGCCAAACUGUAUCCUGGUUGUGGACUAAACUUUCAGUUGUCCAUCGUAUAGUUGUAUAAAGCACAGCAAAUUUGCAAGCCCAAGUGCUGCAUAUUAACUGAAUUUUGUAAGGUAAAUAAAGUGGAUUUUGUUCAUGUUACCAACAUGGUUUUCCUGGUGAAUGUUGUGAUGA